ACAGUUAGCUAAAUAUCAUAUCAAAUAAAAAGUUUUUGAAUUAAUAAAACUUUUUAGUUUUCUAAUUGACUGACACAAUGAAAGUCCUGAUAAUAGUCGCAGCACUGGUAUCCGUAACGGUUGGCCUAUCGUUCAGAGUCAAUGGUGGUGUCGGUGGUGGUGGUAAUGGUGCUUCUGCUCAGGCAUCUGUCGGUGCCAGUGGUAGUGGUCGUCUGGGUGGUGGUAUUGGUGGAGGACUGGGCGGUCUAUUCAGUGGUUUUGCCAAUAUUUUCGAUAGUGGUCUCAAUGCCGGUAUUGAUGCUGUCGGACAGUUCGGUAAACUGGGCGAAAAUAUGUUGGACCAAGGUUUGAAUGCGGCUAACGGUGCUGUCCAAGGUGCCGUGGGUCUGGCCGACAAUGUUAUGCAUACGGCUACCGGUGCGGUUGGUCAAUUUGGAAAAAUGGGCACAAAUAUUAUGGGCACUGGUCUGAAGGCAGCUAACGGUGCUGUUAAUGGUGCUCUGAAGGGUGCUAUGGGUAUGGCCAGCAAUGGUAUCCAUAUGGCCAGCGAUACUAUUGGUAAUUUUGAGCAAUUAGGCGGACAAUUGUUCAACACGGGUUUGAAUACAGCUAACGGUGCUCUGAAAAAUGGUCAAAAUUUGGUCGGUAAUGUAAUGAAUCAGGCUACCGGUGCCUUGAAAAAUGGUCAAAAUCUGGCCGGUAACGUACUAAAUCAGGCUACUGGUGCCUUGAAUACCGGUAUCAAUGCAGCUACUGGUGCCUUGAAAAAUGGUCAAAAUUUAGCCGGUAACUUAGUCCAUGAGGCUACUGGUGCCUUGAAUAGCGGUAUCAAUGUAGCUACCGGUGCCUUGAAAAAUGGUCAAAAUCUGGCCGGUAAUUUAGUCCAUGAUGCUACUGGUGCUGCUCAGGGAGCCUUGAACACCGGUAUCAAUGCAGCUAACGGUGCCUUUAAAAAUGGUCAAAAUUUAGCCGGGAACUUAGUCAAUAAGGCUACUGGUGCUGCUCAGGGAGCCUUGAACAACGGUAUAAAACAAGCUACUGGUGUUGCUGGUCAAAUUCAAAAUGCUGCUCAGGGAGCCUUAAACAACGGUAUCAAUGCAGCUAACGGUGCCUUUAAAAAUGGUCAAAAUUUAGCCGGGAACUUAGUCAAUGAGGCUACUGGUGCCUUGAACGCCGGUAUCAAUGCAGCUAACGGUGCCUUGAAAAAUGGUCAAAAUUUAGCCGGUAACUUAGUCCAUGAGGCUACUGGUGCCUUGAAUAGCGGUAUCCAUGCAGCUACUGGUGUUGCUGGCCAAAUUCAAGGUGCUGCUCAGGGAGUCUUGAAUAGCGGAAUAAAUACUGCUACCGGCGCCUUGAAAAAUGGCCAAAAUCUGGCCGGUAACGCACUCAAUCAGGCUCAGGGAGCCUUGAACAACGGCAUCAAUCAAGCUACUGGUAUUGCUGGCCAAAUUCAAGGUGCUGCUCAGGGAGCCUUGAACUCAGGUAUCAAUGCAGCUACAGGUGCCUUAAAAAAUGGUCAAAAUCUGGCCGGUAACGCACUCAAUCAGGCUACUGGUGCUGCUCAGGGAGCUUUGAAUAGCGGAAUCAAUGCAGCUACCGGUGCCUUGAAAAAUGGCCAAAAUCUGGUUGGUAACGCACUCAAUCAAGCUACUGGUGUUGCUAGCCAAAUUCAAGGUGCUACUCAGGGAGCCUUGAACUCAGGUAUCAAUGCAGCUACUGGUGCUGUUGGCCAAAUUCAAGAUGCUGCUCAGGGAGCCUUAAACACUGGUAUCAAUCAAGCUACUGGUUUGGCUAACAAAGUUCAAGAUGCUGCUCAGGGAGCCUUCAAUAACGGUAUCAAUGCAGCUACUGGUGUUGCUGGUCAAAUUCAAGAUGCUGCUCAGGGAGCCUUAAACACCGGUAUCAAUCAAGCUACUGAUGUUUUUGGUCAAAUUCAAGAUGCUGCCCAGGGAGCAUUGAACACCGGUAUCAAUCAAGCUACUGAUGUUUUUGGCCAAAUUGAAGACGCUGCUCAGGGAGCUUUGAACACUGGUAUCAAUCAAGUUACUGGUGUUGCUGGUCAAAUUCAAGAUGCUGCUCAGGGAGCUUUGAACACCGGUAUCAAUGCAGCUACUGGUGCUGUUGGCCAAGUUCAAGAUGCUGCUCAGGGAGCAGUUGAUGCUGCCGAUGAUUUGGCCGGUGAGGCUACCGGAGCCAUCGAAGGUAGUCUGCCUUCUGGUGAAGUAUCAAUUAAUUUCUAA